AUGAAGGCUGGCCCGCGUGAGAACGUGUGGGCGCGCAAGGCGGUGGAACGGCAGCAAGAAGCCGAUCCCUAUUCCGGCGUCGUCGGCAGCAUGAAAUCCGCACCCAAGCCCACCCCUGCUCCUUCCAAACCUGUCGCUGCCUCAUCUUCCUCUUCCUCUUCUUCGAAAUCUGCACCUUCGAAAAAAUCGGCUGAUGAUGGAAAAUCGCGUAGCGAGCAGAAGGGCCUGGCUGAACGUCGCUCGAAGCUGGCAGUGACUAACUCUGCAGGUCACCUUCACCCACCACAUGCACAUGGGCACGACCACAGGGAGAAGCCGGCCGAAGAGGACAAGGGGAAGGAAGCAGCAAAAGGCAAGAAACAGAAGCGGGAGGAGAAGAAAGAGCAGAUGGCGCAGGCGAUGGUGCGGCAGCAGGAGGUGCUGGCCACCUACCAACGCAACCUCAAGGCCUCUGUCGAGAGCAUCAUGAAGGAGACAGACGAGUUGGAGUUCAGUGACGAUGACGACGAGAUGACGGAAGGCGACAGCCAGCAGAUCGAUGCGCUGCUCAAGGCCACGCUGGGCAAGUACUCAGGCGACCAGGGCAAGCUGGACAGGACGUUCGAGAAGAUUCGAGAAAGCGUGCACAGUGUGUGCAUGAUCUGCUUUGAGAAGAUUAAGAUCCAAGAUGCUGUGUGGCAGUGUGAACAAGACGCGGGCGAAGGUUGCUACCGAUCCUUUCACUUGAUCUGUUUGCAGAAGUGGGCUCGGUCGGAGGCACAGCGAGGUGCGACCAGCAGCAGCAGCGAAUCGUCCUCCAGCGACACACCCAGCACGCCUUCGUGGCCAUGCCCAAACUGUCGGCGGCCGUAUACCAUUCCCGAGACACCCAACAAAUACCUGUGCUUUUGCAAGAAAGUGCCGAAUCCUCCUAAUGAUCCCUGGCUGGCUCCCCAUUCUUGCGGCCAAACCUGUCAAAAAUCGCUGAGGGGUUGUGAGCACAAGUGCUUGCUUCUCUGCCAUCCUGGUCCCUGCCCGCCGUGCCCGCAAAUGGUAAAAUCGGAUUGCUACUGUGGCCAAGAUGAGCAAACGCGCCGAUGCGACAACAGGGAGUGGUCUUGCGGCGAGGUGUGCGAUGCCAUGCUGGGCUGUCGCAAGCACAGUUGCCCGCGCGUGUGCCACAAGGGUCCGUGCCCGCCAUGCGAAAAGAUGAGUGUUCGCGUCUGCAUGUGUGGAAGACUGGAGGAAGAGCGACCGUGCGCUCAGGUAGACUUUCACUGUACGCAGAAAUGUGGCAAGGGACAUUCAUGCGGCUACCACAAGUGCGAGAAGGUUUGCCACGCUGGCGCAUGCGGGCCGUGUCCCCAGUCCGGCACGCGAACCUGUCCGUGCGGAAAGCAAGCGUCCAGCUUGCCCUGUACGGCGAGGGUUCCAUCCUGCGGCGACACCUGCGAAAAGACCCUUACAUGCGGCAAGCAUCGGUGCGUGGAGAGGUGCCAUGAGGGCGAGUGUCCGCCGUGCCGACUCAUCGUGAACAAAACCUGCAAGUGCGGUGGAUCCCGGAAGCAGAUGCAGUGCCACCUGGAGUACAUUUGCGACAGACGCUGCUCGCGGAUGCGCAACUGCGAGAAGCAUCCGUGCAAGAAACGCUGUUGCCUCAAGAACUGUCCUCCUUGCCCUGAGAUCUGCAACAACAAGCUGCGCUGCAGAAACCACAGAUGCGAGACAGCAUGCCAUCCGGGAAACUGCCUCCCUUGUCCCAUCAUGGUCGACAUUGCCUGCUACUGUCUCGCCACCGUCAUUAGAGUUCCUUGUGGCGUGGAGAAGAAGACCGAACCGCCCCGCUGUCGGAAGGCCUGCAAGAUCCCGCCCACUUGUCACCACCCCAAACGAGCGCCGCACCGGUGUCACUUUGGGCCCUGUCCUCCGUGCACCAUGACCUGUGGCGUCAUUCACCCAGGCUGCGAUCACCCCUGCCCUCUGCCGUGCCACGACCCCAUUCCGCCGCCGGUGGUGUUGACCAAGAAGCAGACCAAGCAACGCGACUAUCGGCCGCCACCGCUGCCCGCGAUCGACAUCGGCAGCGUGACCUGCCCUCCAUGCGAUGUCGUGGUCCAGCGCCUGUGCCUGGGCGAGCACCAGGUUAGAGCUGUGGCCUGCCACACGGAGCGGGAGUUCCCCUGCGGCGACCCGUGCGACAAUCCGCUUGAAUGCGGCAACCACAAGUGCGAGCAGGGCUGCCACGUCAUCACCCGCAGCCGAAGGCACAUCGAAGACGACCGCGGCGUCGUGGUCGAAGUCAAGCUCGAAGCUGCCGACGAAAGCCGCAAGGAUGCGUGCGCCCCCUGCCGAGAGAUGUGCGUCAAGCCUCGCGACCCGCACUGCGCCCAUCCCUGCCCUCAGCCUUGCCACCCUGGCUAUUGCAGUCCUUGCGACGUGCGUCUCAAGAGGAAGUGUCACUGCAAGAAGAUGCCCAUCUACGUCUCCUGCUUCCACACGCACGACGCCAAACUCAUGUCCUCGCUCCUUUCGUGCGGGCACCAGUGCCUCUCGCCCCUGCUCUACUGCGAGCACUUGUGCUCGGCCACCUGCCACGAAGGCGCCUGUCCGGAUUCGCGCAAGUGCAGCAAGAAGGUGAAGGUGCGCUGCGGGUGCGGCAACAAGUCGGAGGAGUGGGUCUGCGAGGACGUCCAGCGCGAGAAGGAGAAGCGGGGCACCCUCCGGCUGCGCAAGGAGAUCGAGGCGGAGGUAGCCCGCGGCAAGGCCAAGUCGCGCAACGAGAACGCCCUGCUGGCGUGCACUCCGGAAUGCGAGGAAUUCAAGAAACGCGAGGCCGAACGACGCGAGGAGGAGCGGGCCAAGCAGGAGGAGCAGCGCAAGCGAAAGGAGCGCGAGGAGGAGGAGAAGAGAAGCGCCGGCGGCCGCGCCAAGAAGGGCGGUGCACCCGCGAUCAAGCGGACCAGCGCCAAGUGGCGCGAGGGCGAGGACCAGAACGAGGGCAGCGGCUACGGGUGGUGGCUCAAGGCCGUCGUCGUCUCGGCCGUGGUCGUGCUUCUCAUCGCCCUCGUCGUGGCUGCCGUGAUCCAGAGCGAGUGGCGUGGAUAUGAGGACAUACUGUGGUAUCUUACCGAGUCCAAGCGACGGCUGACCAACGCCAACCUGUGGGGCAGGAAGAAGGGUCCAAACUAA